CACUUUUUUCAGCAAUGAUGUACGAAUUAUAUGUUAAUUUUUAACCAUUACCGUCAAUGUUAGUUUGUGUGAUCACGUCUGGAGAGUUUUUAAUUUAAUGUAGCCCCAAAACCUAAUAACUAACUAACAGUAUUAUAUAUGACCCCACUCCUGUGUCGAUGCCUGUGGUGUCUUUCUCACAGAUGGUGUGCAAGUUUGCCCCUCUGUGUUGUUGCAAUAAUCUCAGGGUACCAGAAUUCUCACCCUCACGCUGGGGCGCAUUGUUUAUACAACUGGAAAAGCCUUCACACCAAAAUGUCUAUAGCAGCCUCCAUCGCAAUCAUUUGGCAAACAGCACCAGGCUCUCCAAACCCCCUCCUUUAGUCAUUUGGCAUUGGCACCAACGUCCUGCCUCCGCCCCUGCGGCUCCGGCUUUAUAUAAAGCCCGGCAGCGACUGUGCUUCAUUCAUUCACUGACCUGCCGAAGACUCGACGCCUUAUACUUAUCUUCCAGCUCCAGCACCAUCAAAUUUUCCUAACCGGGACUAUUUGGGAAUAUCUCCCUGAAAAAACAAAGAUGAAUUCCGUGUGUUUUUCCGCUCCUGUUUCUAAUACUAUGAAGACUGGCAUUCAGCAGACAAAUAGCAGCCUAGCUUCCCUGUGGAGACCGUGGCUCGUGACCCGCAAGGAUGCACAAACUGAAUGCAGGAGAACCAAGAUUGCUUGUCCUUACUCCAGGCCAACAGUACCCAGCAACACUACAACAGAUGCCAAAACACAGUCUUUCCAGCACCCAGUCAGGCUUUACUGGCCCAGAUCAAAGUCUUUUGACUACCUCUUCAGUGACGGUGAAGCUCUGCUCAGAAACUUCCCAGUGCAGGCCACCAUCAACUUCUAUGAUGAGUCAGAUAGUGAGGAUGAGGAGGACAGCUGUGAGGAAGAUGACGACAGUGACACAGAGGAGUGUGUUAAACUUAAUGGACACUUUACCAGAUACAACUGAGUCUUCAAACUUAUCCACGGUUCUAUGAAUGUGGACGUUCAUAAAUUUAAUAUAAACACUGGAUAAUGAUUUAUUAGAGAAGUCACUAUAUUUAAUAAUUGAGAGAGCAUGGAAAUGUCAUCUGUCUGAGCAUGCAAAGCACAGCCAAGGAUGAUUUUAUUAAUACGGAUUUUUUUUCAUGCCAAAACAUCGGCAUUUUGGAACAGAACAGAUAAGUCCUGUAAAAAAGUAAUUCCUGUUGGGAACAGCAAAAUGCAUUCCCACAUUGGGAAGUGUUGUGUCAGAUUGAUCUCAGGGUUCAUGCCUUCUUUUGUACAUAAAAUUCUAUUUGUAUUUUAUUAUUUUCAUGCUUAACUUAUGAUGUGUGUACAUACAGUACAUUUUAUGUAUAUAUGUAUUUAUGCCAGAUUGUCUACUUUUGUACUUGUGAUUUAUAAUAAAAUCUAUUUAAAUGAGUGCA